AAUAUUAUAACCACUAGCUGUAGUAGUACUGUUGUACCUAUAAUAUAAAAUAUCUUAUCACGUGUCGAUUACGGCGGUGCUGGGUCUGUCGUCACGCGAAAUCGUACCACACGAGUUCUAAUCAUAACCUACUGUACAUUACACCGCGAUACAUAUUUAAAUCACGAUAUCGAUCGACCGACACAACAAAUUAUUGUAAUAUAUAAAAUUAUUUCUGAAGCAAAUAUUAUUAUUCUAUUGGUUUUGACUUUUGGUAUAGUAUGGAUCGAGUGUUCGAUCAUUUGCGGUACGUCCGAUGUCCAACGUGUUCCCGCGUUUUCUGUUGCACCAAACACCGGGUGGAGCACGAGCGGCGCGUGCAUGUCGCGGUUCCGGGGGGGCCGGUGAUCAGGCGCCGUUUCCGGUCGUCGCAGGUUCUCCCCCAUUCGGGAAAACAGCAGACCGUCCAUACCGGUGGCCACUCCACUAACGGUCGGAAGAGAUUACAUGGCGUGGCCAGCACCUCGACCAUGGCACAGUCCAUCGGCAGUGGCCUGCGAUUGAUGGAGCAGCGUCAUCACCGCCGGGUGGAGGAGCUGCGCCGGACUGAAGAGCUGCGUUGUACCGAAGAACUUCGCCGGACCGAAGAACGGCGAUGGACUGUGGAACAGCGUGCGGCGAUGAUAGAGAUGUGUGCCAGGACCAUACUCAAGGCUCGUCGGUCCAGUCUGACGACCAUCAGACACCUGCGCCCGGUGGCCGAAAGCAGUCCCGCGGUUCCAUUGCCGCAGCCGUGCACGCCGCACACCACGGGCACGGACGCAGCGGAGUCUGCGACCACACCUGUCGAGUGGUCGGUAGUCGUUUCGUCGGUGGGCAGCCCGCCGAGUUUUUACCAGACGCCGAUGCAGACACCGACGCAAAUGUUCCAGGACACGCCGUCGGUACAAAAGCUCCCGGACACGCAGAUGCAAACACUCUCGGACACGCCGUUGCAAAGGCUCUCGAAUAUGCCGUUGCAAACGCUCUCGGACACGCCGUUGCAAACGCUCUCAGACACGCCGUUACAAAUGCUUUCGGACACGCCGUUGCAAACGCUAUCGGACACGCCUGUCAACGGCAAACCACGGUGCAAUGGCGAAAGUGUUAAGCGAGUGUUGUCAGACGAUGGUCCAACCCAAAAAGGAUUUUUCUGGUCAAACAUGGCUCGUCGCUUCCGGUGGGCGUUGCGGUCAACUAAACCCAAAGUCCGCGAGAACGGCUGCUGUCCAUCGCCGUCUGCAGUAGCAAACUUGGACUACGUCAUGGUCAAUCCGUAUGGCAACAUCAAACCUAGACGGCCAAUCUGCAACAACGACACUUUGACGACGCCUGUCCAUGCCAGGCCAUCACUUGAGGCAAUCCGCAAAGCCCACGAAGAAGCGAGCAAGGCAUUUAACAAAUUUAUGACAGAUUAAAAUAUGUUGCUCGGCAAAUGUAAUAGACAUACUUCACUUAGUGACAGGUAAUUUUUUUGUAUACACCUAUGUGUUUUUUAUCUACCGAUUUUAUAUGUUUUUUUUUAGUUUUAGACUUUUAGUUUUUGUUUAAGAC